AUGAGCACAAUACAGAACAUCAAGAAUUUCAUCCGGCAUGGGAAACAAGCUCGCCUAGUGACGCCCCAUUCUGAACCCACCACCGAUGUGUCCACCGUCCACGCCGAACAGCAGCCACAACCACACGGUCAAUUCGCUCCGGCGUUGGAAGCUUUCGAUACCAGUGAUACGCGAGGUAAUGGUCAAGCUACCCAGCAAAAAACUGACGCUCAAGUGAAGCGCGAUCGGUCCGUGGAAAUCGAACGCCUCGUUCAGGAGGAACGAACAAGCCGCUCCAAGAUGCCGCAAUAUCCUGGUCUCGACCGUUGGAUCCUGGUGGAUAAGAUGGGCGAUGGCGCAUUCAGCAAUGUCUAUCGCGCCAAGGAUGCUACGGGCGAGCUUGGGGAGGUGGCUAUCAAGGUCGUGCGCAAAUUCGAAAUGAACAGCAAUCAGCGAGCGAAUAUCCUCAAGGAAGUCCAGAUUAUGCGCAACCUCGACCACCCCAACAUCGUCAAGUUGGUUGACUUUUCUGAAUCGCGGCAAUAUUACUACAUCAUUCUCGAGCUCUGCCCAGGUGGAGAAUUGUUCCACCAAAUUGUGCGAUUGACAUACUUUAGCGAAGACCUGAGCCGACACGUAAUUGUUCAGGUCGCCAAGGCCAUUGAAUACUUGCAUGAGACAUCCGGCGUUGUUCAUCGUGAUAUCAAACCAGAGAAUUUGCUCUUCUAUCCCGCUCCCUUCGUUCCGAGCACGCAUCCGAAACCUAAGCAGCCGGGCGAUGAAGACAAGGAAGACGAAGGAGACUUCAUCGCGGGAGUCGGCUCUGGUGGUAUCGGCACAAUCAAGAUCGCGGAUUUCGGUCUGUCCAAGGUGAUUUGGGACAGCCAGACCAUGACCCCAUGUGGAACCGUCGGUUACACAGCACCGGAAAUUGUAAAAGACGAGCGGUACUCGAAGAGUGUAGAUAUGUGGGCUAUGGGCUGCGUACUCUACACUCUGCUGUGUGGUUUCCCUCCAUUCUACGACGAAAGCAUUCAGGUGCUCACGGAGAAGGUGGCUCGCGGACAAUACACUUUCCUCUCGCCCUGGUGGGACGACAUUUCCAAAUCCGCUCAAGACUUGAUUUCGCAUCUCUUGACUGUUGACCCCGAGAAGCGCUACAGUAUCAAAGAAUUCCUCGCACACCCCUGGAUCCGUCAAACCGAUGAGGAAACUACCCCAGCCGCUGAUGCUCCGCCCUUGGCCACACCGUUUGGCCAGGCUCGCCAGGAUGGCCCAGAACAACUCAUCCCCGUUGGCGCUGAUCAAGCUCCCUACCAGCCCGCCAGUUCCCGCAUCCUGGAUGCGCCCUCCUUGGCGUCAGAACGCCGGAUGGACUUCCGCUCACCCGGAGCCUUCAACUUGCGCGAAGUUUUUGAUGUCGGUUACGCAGUUCACAGACAAGAAGAAGAAGGCAAGCGCCGGCGGAACCGCCAACAGGCUGCCCGAAGUGGCCACCCGCUGGCUGGCUUCCAGUCUGCCCUGGGAUCCCUUAAUGAAGACUACGAUGACGAACCUGAAUACCGUCCCCGUGAUGAGGAAACCACCGAACAACCUCCUCUCAAGGUUGCCAAGUCCAACACCCACGCAGGUGACGUCGCUGGAAUGGAAGCAAAGCUGCGUUCCACGAACCUCGGCGCCCAGAGCAGCGCUGCUCAGGCCCGACAGGCGCAUCGCCAGCCCAAGCAGCAGGGUUACGGACAACAUGACGCUAAAGUCGCCGCUGCAGCCAAGAGUGUCAUUGGCCGUAGGCCGCACGAACCAUUCGAGCUCAGUCUGGAUGGCGCAACCCUGCUGGAGAAGCGUGGGCGUCGCAACCAAGAACAGCCAGUUGCUUAA